CAGGAGACAUCCCUGAAGAACAUGAAAGAGGAGAAUAUAACACUGCUGACAGAAUUCAUCCUAGAAGGACUCACACAUCAACCACAGUGGAAAGUCCCCCUUUUCCUGACAUUUUUGGUGAUCUACCUUAUCACCAUUGUGGGGAACUUCAGCCUGAUCACUCUCAUCUGGUGUGAUCCUCACCUUCACAUCCCCAUGUACCUUUUCCUCAGCAACUUAGCCUUUGUGGAUAGCUGGUUAUCAUCUACAGUGACACCUAAAUUACUGAUCACGUUGUCAUUCAAGAUCACAAAGAUUUCUCUCUCUGAAUGCCUGUUACAGUUUUUUUCCUUUGCCUUCAGUGCAAGUGUAGAGUGCUUCCUCUUGACUUCAAUGGCUUAUGACCGCUAUGUAGCUAUAUGCAAACCUUUACUUUAUCCAGUGAUUAUGACCAAUAGACUAUGUUUCCAGCUAGUAAUUUUGUCAUUUGUAGGUGGUUUUCUUCAUGCCUUCAUUCAUGAAGUAUUUUUACUCAGAUUAACUUUCUGUAAUUCUAAUGUAAUACAUCAUUUUUAUUGUGAUGUUAUGCCUUUUUUAAAGAUUUCCUGUUCUGAUCCUUCCAUUAGCUUUAUGUUGGUGUUUGCUUUAGCUGGUACCGUUCAGGUAUCCACCAUGGUGACUGUUCUAGUCUCUUAUACGUGUAUUCUCUUUACAAUCUUACAGAAUAAGUCUUUCAAGGGCAUAAAGAAAGCCUUCUCAACCUGUGGAGCCCACCUCCUGUCUGUGUCUUUGUAUUACGGCCCCCUUCUCUUCAUGUAUGUGCGUCCUGCCUCUAGACAAGCAGAUGACGAGAAUAUGAUUGACUCCCUAUUUUACACAGUCAUAAUUCCUGUGCUAAACCCAAUUAUCUACAGUCUAAGAAAUAAGCAAGUCAUAGAUUCUGUUAGAAAAAAAUUAAAGAGAAAUGUUUAG